AUGAACUCGGGGAAGUUGUACCUGAUAUCAAGUAGCCUAGGGGUUCUGUCCCAUCUCACCAUCUUCAUCAAGGGUGAGUGGGAUACGCAUGCCCCCGAUCUGGUCCGUUAUUUUGUUUUCUGGCCGGUGGUAGUGUUCUCGCUUCUGGCGAUUCUUGGGUAUGGGUAUGCAGUACGGACAUUGGCUCUCGCGAUGCUGAGCUAUGACGGCGGGAUCUGGCUAUCAAUGAUCGUAUAUCGUUGGUUUUACCAUCCUCUGAGACACUUUCCAGGACCUGCCUUGGCUCGAGUCAGCGCACUCUGGUCCCUGGGACGAGUAGCAAGAGAUGCAAAAUGGCAUAUCAAUGUGCAAGAGCUUCAUCAGCAGUACGGAAACUUUGUUCGAAUCAAACCUAGAGAGAUCUCGAUUAACGAUGCGUCCGCAAUAAAGUUGAUCUAUGGCGUUGGUACGAGCUGCACCAAGGGGGUUUUCUAUGACUUGUACUACCCGCACCGCUCGCUGCAGAUGUGUCGGGACAAGGCGUUCCAUUCUAGACGACGAAGAGUUUGGGACCAGGGAUUCAAUUCUCGAGCUUUGACCGGUUACGAACCUUUCAUCCGCGAGCAUUGCGACGAUCUGAUUGAGCGGAUAUCGUCCCAGAUGGAAGAGCCACUGUUGAUCAACGAUGUUCUCGAUGGGUUCGCCUGGGACUCCAUGGGAAUAUUGGCUUUCGGCAAAUCAUUUGGCAUGGUGAAGGGUAACAGUCAUCCGAUGUUGGACACGAUCAGAGCCGUGAAAAAGUCUGGUGCUUUUAUCUUAACGGCGACUUGGAUGCUUAUUAUGGCGCAAAACCUACCCAUGAUCCGCAAAGCAUCGGCCAAGUGGCUAGAUUGGUGUGCCGAAAUGCUAGAAGAGCGGCGAAAGAUGGGCGUAUCCAGGAAGGACCUCUUCAGUUACCUUAUUGCGGAACCGCCCCCCGGGACCGAUGAUUCUUUGAAACUAACGGAUGGUGACCUUGUAAUCGAGUCGGAGCUUGCGAUCGGGGCCGGAAGCCAAACCACAGCUUCGACUAUGAACGCACUCCUCUUCCUCCUAGCAAAGCAUCCGGAGACGUACCGCAAAUUGCAAGAAGAGGUCGACUCGGUUUUGCCACCGGAUGCGCCUUUGUGCGAUUCGGCACUCACAGGCCAACCGUACUUAGAGGGCUGUAUCAACGAGGUCAUGCGUCUGUAUCCAGCAGUGACGAGUGGUGUGCCUCGAGAAACCGGUCCGGGGGGUAUGACUAUCGAUAGCGUUUUCAUUCCGGCAUACACAACGGUGUCCGUGCCGACGUACACGGUCCAGCGAGACCCUCGAAACUACCAGCACCCCGACGAGUUCAUCCCCGAGCGUUGGAUCGACAAGCCGGAGCUGAUUAUCAAGAAAGAGGCCUUCAUUCCAUUUUCCACCGGCCCAUAUUCUUGCGCGGGAAAGAGCUUUGCGAUGAUGCAGAUCCGACUGGUGAUUGCGACCAUCGUGCGGAAUUUCGAGUUCCGAUUGCCCCCAGAGCAGGAGAAGGAAACUCUGGAUACGCUCAAUAGGACCGGCGUACAAGAUUGUUUCACAAUGGUGGUUCCAUCGUAUGAUCUGAUCUUCACGAAGCGAGAUUAA